GUAAGUUCGGUUCGCGUCUCUGGAAAGCAAGAUUACGUCCACGCAGCAUCUUCCCGGUGGAUAUCGCGGGAGGAUCCGUCUGCCAUGGCUCCAAAAGGACCCAUUUCACUUACGUACCGGAAUCACCGCCACAAAAUUCCGUUUUCUAUGAAAAUAUCGUCGGUCGUCAGAGGCAUCGUUCCGCAACGUUAUGAAAUGUUUCGCUGAUGGUUACCCGUGUACACAGGUGAAACGGAGAAGAUGAACAUGUUCAAAGCAAUAAACAACGGACUGGCACUGAGCAUGGAGGCGGAUGAAUCGGCAGUCCUUUUUGGCGAGGACGUAGCCUUCGGCGGUGUCUUCCGCUGUUCCCUGGGUCUUCAGGAGCGUUUUGGCAAAGAUCGCGUCUUCAACACACCCCUCUGCGAACAGGGUAUCGCCGGUUUUGGUAUAGGAUUAGCGAACAUGGGAGCAACUGCGAUAGCUGAGAUCCAAUUCGCCGACUAUAUUUUCCCGGCGUUUGAUCAGCUCGUGAACGAGGCGGCAAAAAUGCGCUACCGCAGCGGUGGGAUGUUCGAUUGCGGAAAAUUGACCGUCCGAACACCUUGCAGUGCAGUUGGCCACGGCGGUCUUUACCACUCGCAAUCACCCGAAGCUUAUUUCGCCCACACCCCAGGUCUCAAGGUGGUGGUUCCACGUGGUCCGAUAAAAGCGAAGGGUUUGUUAAUGAGCUGCAUAGAGGAACCCGAUCCUUGCAUAAUAUUCGAACCAAAAAUUCUCUACCGCGCUGCCGUAGAGGAAGUGCCAGUCGGAAGAUAUCUUACGAAAUUGGGGGUGGCGGACGUCGUGCGAAAAGGCACCGACGUCACACUCUUGGGAUGGGGUACCCAGGUUCACGUACUCAGCGAGGUCGCAGACCUGGCUGCGAAAAAACUUGGAGUUUCAUGCGAGGUCAUUGAUCUGGUAACGAUUCUCCCGUGGGACGUUGAUACUAUCUGCGAGUCGGUGAAAAAAACUGGACGGCUAAUAAUCGCUCACGAGGCACCGUUGACCGGAGGUUUUGCCGGUGAAAUCGCAGCUACGAUUCAGGAGGCGUGCUUCUUGAGUUUGGAGGCUCCGGUGCAACGCGUUACCGGGUGGGACACGCCGUUUCCGCAUAUUUUCGAGCCGUUCUAUCUGCCGGACAAGUGGAGGUGCUUCGAGGCCGUGAAAAAAAUCAUCGAUUAUUAAAGACGGGCCGACCAAUGUGGAAUCUUAUCCUCCGAAUGAACGAACAACGGAGGGGCGCUAGCCGCUGGUUCGAUUACAACCAGCGGUUGUUACGGGCAAACUACGACAAAAGUCAAUGAUUCGAAAGGAGUACGUCCUUGCCGUUUCGCCGCCGUCGUCCCCACUUAACGUGCCUUUAACUUUUUUUGUAUACAUAUGCUUCAUACUUCCAUGCGAACCCCUCCCCCGAUCUCUUUUAAAUUGUAGAAGAGAAAAAAAACAAAAAAGAGAACAAUCGAACGGUUCUUGCCCGAAUGAGAAGAACAGUCUUUCAAUUUCUGCAGCUGAUCCGUUGCCCAGAGAAUUAAACGAAAAUGAAAAAUAGAA